CCCUCUCUCCCUGUAACCGCUAAAACCCCACAUAGGAAGCACUAAGCUCUAUCACAUCCGCUAAAUUUGGCGGCAUCGGCAUCUACAUAUCCCACAUCACAUCCGCCAUAACCCACCUCCCACCUUCGUUUUCGCCCCUGUUUGGUUGUGGGGGUCAACCGAUUUCUCCUCCCCCCCCCCCCGCCCCCCCAAUCAGUCGCUCGUCGAUUUAGCUGUUUAAAUCCCUGCUUCUGAUUCUCAGAUUCCGUGUUUAUAUGUAGAGAGAGAGAGAGAGACCCAGAUUUAGAAAAUAAUCAAAAAUGGAGGAUUCCCCUUCUUCAGUUUCGCACUCCAGCCUCCUCUGUCCAGAGAGCGGGUCUUGCCUGGAUGAAGAGGUAGAGAAAGAUACCUUCGUUAAUAAUAACCUCAAAGAUUACACUUUUCCCGAUACAGAAGAUCAGUACAUAGAAAUGUUGCUUGCUAGAGAGAUCAAUUUUGGGGUCAAAAGGGGCGAGUCUUCUUGUUCUUUGAUGAUGGGAGACUGGUUUAAAAGCGCUCGCCUGGAAGCAAUCGAAUGGGUUCUUAAAACUAGAGCUGUCUUCCGAUUUCGUUUCCAAACAGCUUAUUUGUCCAUGGCAUACUUCGAUCGAUUCCUUUUGAAGCGAGCCAUAGAUAGCGAAAAGACAUGGGCGAUUCGAUUGCUAUCAGUGGCUUGUCUUUCGCUGGCGGCGAAGAUGGAGGAGUGCAGAGUUCCUGCACUAUCAGAGUUUCAGUUGGAGGAUUACAGAUUUGAAAGCAAGGUGAUUCGGAGGAUGGAGCUUUUGGUUUUGAACACAUUGGAAUGGAGGAUGGGUGUAGUCACUCCUUUUGCUUUUGUUCAUUACUUCAUCUCAAAGUUCUGCAAAGAAGCUCCACCAAGCAAUGCUGUGUCCAAGGCACUUGAACUUAUCUUGGCUAUGAUGAAAGACGCGAAUUUAAUGGAUCAUCGGCCGUCCACUGUAGCAGCUGCCGCGGCCUUGAUGGCAUUAGAGCAGGGAUUAACAAGAAGUGAAUUGGAAUUUAAGAUUAAUUCCAUUGCCUCCUGCAGAUGUAUUGAAAUUGAGGAUGUGUUUUCAUGCUACAGUCUAAUGCAGAAACUAGAGACGGAAAAACUUAAAACAACCCAGGUCAUGGUAUCCCCGGAUCGGACGCCAAUCCAUUUAAGCCAGACUAAUGCUUUUGAUAAUUCUUCAGUUACAUCUGCCAUUAGUGCCAAAAGGAGGAGACUUGCAUUCAAUGAUUGUGAUAAAAAUUAUGGCUUAUCUGAUGAGAAGUGAGUCUGCUAGGGAAGCUCCAUUGGUGAAAGGUUCAUCAGUGGCAUAUUGGUAUAAUGGUAUUGGUCUAAUGAGCGUGUUCUAUUUUUUUUUUCCAUAAAUUUUUUAAUUAUUAUUACUCCAUGAAUGUGGGUUCAACUUUCAAGUAGAUUGUCUCAUCAAGGAAACAAUCAAAGAAUGGGGAACCAGGGAAGGAAAAGAGAUCUAAAAGCAAAGCUUUGGGGUGCAUAGAAAGGCUGGUUGCUGUGAGGUCCUAAACAUUACAAGACAAGUGAGAAAGAGGCCCCAGGUAGGAGGGAAGGAGGUCUUAAAGCCUGCCUUCUGUCUGUAACAGGGGCACCCUGAGUUGCUGCUGCUUACUUGUUCAAUUUGUUCAAUAUAUUUAUUAUUUCUUUCUUUCUUCUUUUUUUUGCUUUAUUUAUGAAUUAAUUACAGUAUUGAGGAUCCCUUUCAACCCUACCUAUUGAUGGGAUGCUUGGGAUGCUUAUCAUGUCUUUGAAAAGGCUGAAAGAAAUGAAGAGUUGGGGGGUGAAGAGGGAGAAAGGGAGGGAGGGAGGAGUUGUCUGAGUGAUUUGAAUGAUGCACCUGUGUUGCUUGUUGCCCAUCAAAGGUUUGUAAAGGUAAAUGUGAUUGGAUUUGUUUGAA